ACGGUACUACCAAGCUUGUGCCUAACUGAAAUCACUUCCCAAGAGCGAGUAACGUGUUAGUGAUUUGUUUCGGUAUUCCGUUUAUAAAGCGCUUAGUGCGAGUUACGUAAUCCAAAGGAUCAGUCACCUCAAAGCCACACUCGAACGUUUUGAUACUUUCUAGCCAACAUGUUAGGUCGUCAGGAUUCGCAAGGGCCCACCCUGAAGGAAGGUGGCUCGUACAUCAUGGAAGGACACGAUGGGGCCGAGGCCAAGAACGUGUGCAUCAUCUUCUCGCCCGAGAUGGAGGAGGCGGGCGCUCUGGCGAAGAUGCUGAAGAUUUUCGAUGAGCAUCGGGUGAACCUGCUGCACAUCGAGUCACGCUCGUCCACUCGUGGCCCGGGGUAUGAGUUUAUGGUGGAGUGCGAUGGAAAGGGUGGUACGCUGGGGGCGGCCAUCGAGGCGAUCCGUGAGCGGAGUAACUACUUCAAUAUCAUUUCCCGGGACUACAAGGACAACGAAGCUACGGUGCCCUGGUUCCCGCGGCGCAUCCGAGACCUCGACCGGUUUGCCAACCAGAUCCUCUCCUACGGUGCCGAGCUGGACUCGGAUCAUCCCGGCUUCACCGAUCAGACGUAUCGCGAGCGGCGCAAGUACUUCGCCGAUAUCGCCUUCAACUACAAGCAUGGCCAACCGUUGCCGCACGUCGAUUACACCGCGGAGGAGAUCGAAACGUGGCGUGCGGUGUUCCGCAACCUGACCAAGCUCUACCCGACGCACGCAUGCCGCGAGCACAACCACGUGUUUCCGUUGCUGAUCGAGAACUGUGGUUAUCGCGAGGACAACAUCCCACAGCUGGAGGACGUGUCGAACUUCCUGAAGGACUGCACCGGGUUCACGCUGCGGCCGGUCGCCGGUUUGCUUUCAUCGCGCGACUUCCUCGCCGGGUUGGCCUUCCGGGUGUUCCACUCGACGCAGUACAUCCGCCACCCGAGCAAGCCACUGUACACGCCGGAGCCAGACGUUUGCCACGAGCUGCUCGGCCAUGCGCCCCUCUUUGCCGACCCAUCGUUUGCGCAGUUCUCGCAGGAGAUCGGGUUGGCAUCGCUCGGUGCUCCGGACGAGUUCGUCGAGAAGCUGGCAACGUGCUUCUGGUUCACGGUCGAGUAUGGGCUCUGCCGUCAGAACGGUGCCGUGAAGGCGUACGGUGCUGGGUUGCUGUCGUCGUUCGGGGAGCUACAGUACUGCCUCACCGACAAGCCCGAGCUGCGCGAGUUCGACCCGGCCAAGACGUGCGAGCAGAAGUACCCGAUCACCGAGUACCAGCCGGUGUACUUCGUGUCGGACAGCUUCGAGGACGCGAUCCAGAAGAUGAUCAACUACGCUAACACGAUCCCGCGCCCGUUCGGCGUCCGGUACGAUCCGUACACGCAGAGCAUCGAAAUUCUCGACUCGGUGCCGCAGAUCAGCAACCUGAUGCGCAACAUCCACAACGAGUUCGAGGUGCUGCAGAAUGCGUUCAAGAAGCUCUAGGGAGUGAAGCCGAGCCUUUGACAGUACAACCACAUCGGAAAGGUGCUUUAGAUAGACUUUUAAGGUACAAUUGUUAAUGUUUUGUUUUAUAUAUAACCUAUAACUCGUACUUGUUUUAAGACCCUUU